CUUGGCGGCCCGAUGCAGGCGACGCGGCACGUCGUGUGUGCCUUGUCGGGCGGCGUGGACAGCGCGGUGGCGGCGCUGCUGCUGAAGCGGAGAGGGUACCAGGUGACAGGCGUGUUCAUGAAGAACUGGGACCUGCUGGACGAGCAUGGCGUCUGCACCGCGGACAGGGACUGUGAAGACGCCUACAGGGUCUGUCAGAUCCUGGACAUCCCCUUCCACCAGGUCUCCUACGUGAAGGAGUACUGGAAUGACGUGUUCAGUGAUUUUUUGAGCGAGUAUGAAAAAGGAAGGACUCCGAACCCGGACAUAAUCUGCAACAAGCACAUCAAGUUCAGCUGCUUCUUGAACUACGCAACGGACAAUCUGGGUGCAGACGCCAUAGCCACAGGCCACUACGCCAGAACCUCGCUGGAGGAUGAGGACGUCUUUCAGCAGAAGCACAUCAAGAGGCCAGAAGGACUUUUCAGAAAUCGAUUUGAAGUCAGAAACCCGGUGAAGCUCCUGCAGGCCGCCGACAGCUUUAAAGACCAGACCUUCUUUCUCAGCCAGGUCUCCCAGCCUGCCCUGAGGAGAACCAUCUUCCCCCUGGCGGGGCUCACCAAGCCAUUCGUCAAGAAGAUUGCCGCCGAAAACCAGCUUCAUCACGUGCUGCACAAGAAGGAGAGCAUGGGCAUCUGCUUCGUGGGCAAGAGGAACUUCGAGUCUUUCAUCCUGCAGUACCUGCAGCCGCGGCCGGGCAAGUUCGUCUCCAUAGAAGACAAUAAGGUCCUGGGCACACAUAAAGGUUGGUUCCUGUACACCCUGGGCCAGAGAGCCAAGAUAAGUGGCUUACGGGAACCCUGGUUUGUAGUGGACAAGGACGGGGCCAAGGGUGAUGUGUUUGUGGCCCCCCGGACAGACCACCCGGCCCUGUACCGGGAGCUGCUGCGUACCAACCGCGUGCACUGGAUCGCUGAGGAACCGCCUGCUGCCCUGGUCCGGGACAAGAUGAUGGAGUGCCACUUCCGCUUCCGCCACCAGAUGGCGCUAGUGCCCUGUGUGCUGACCCUCAAUCAAGAUGGCACUGUGUGGGUGACUGCUGUGAAGGCUGUGCGGGCGCUCACCCCAGGGCAGUUUGCCGUGUUCUACAAAGGGGACGAAUGCCUGGGCAGUGGGAAGAUCCUGCGCCUGGGGCCAUCUGCCUACACACUGCAGAAAGGCCAGAGUAGGGCCCGGGUGGCCCCCGAGGUCUCCAGUGCCAACCCGGUGGAGGGUCCAGGCCUGAAUCCCACGCCCUGACACAGGCUGAGCCGCGGGAAGCUGGACAAGGAGAGCAGAGCCCAGGCCGGUCAGUCAUGGAGGCCUUAGGUGCUGCUGCAGGCACCAGGUGAG